AUGGAUGCCGCUGACAAAGUUAUGGAGCCGAGCAGCUGCAGCCGGCCAGAGGUCGAAGCAGAGAAGCGUGAUUACGGCCUGACUCUGCCUGCGCAGACAGCCAAUCUCAGAGUCACGGUGGAAGGGAACGUUUUUACGGUGGACAGGGCUACGCUGGCGCGGGGCAGCGAGUAUUUCCGAGCUCUUUUCCGGUCGGGGAUGAGGGACUGCCAGCAGGAGGAGGUGGAUUUAAAGGGACUGAGCGCUCGCGGCUUUGCGAUCGCGCUCCGUGUCAUGAGGGGUGAGAGACCCGUGCUGAACGACAAUGAAAUCGAGGAAGCCGUCGAGUGUGCCGCGUUCCUUCAGGUCGAGCCUCUGGUUAAGCAUCUCCUGGACGCAGUCAAUUCUGAUAACUGCGUUCUCGUGUAUCACACCGCGGCCGCCUACGGGCUGCUUGAGCUUUACCACGGUGUCGCUCUGUUCAUCCGAGACAUGUACCACGACCUAAGAGAGGAUGUGAAAUAUCUGCCAGAGGAUCUCAUUGAAUACGUGGAGUCCUUGACCCCCAGCACAUUCGUAGCAGUUGGGACACACACCAGCUGCACGGAGUCGGAGCUGUGUCAUGCCGCCACAAGAACCAUCUGCUACUUGGACGAAGAUGAAGAGGACUGGAAAGUUCUGACUCACUUACCCAUGGAGGCCAGCACCUCUAUGGCCGGUGUGACGGUCCUGGACAACAAACUGUACGUGGUCGGGGGUGUGAGCGGGGUCCACAAGCAAGCCGUGGAGUCGUGCUUCUGCUAUGACGCGGUGACAGACACCUGGAGCAAGUUAGCCAGUCCGCAACAGCUUCGCUACAACUUCUCCCUGGUGGGCCAGGGGGAUCACCUCUACGCAAUUGGAGGAGAGUGUGAGAGAAGAGUCAUGUCUUCAGUGGAAAUGUACUGUGUUUCCACAGGCGUGUGGUCCUUCGCCUCUCAUCUGCCUCGGCCGGCGGCGGGUGCGGCGUGUGCCAAGGCCAUGAGCAGGAUAUUCGUGUGCCUGUGGAAGCCGAUGGAAACCACGGACAUCUACGAGUACGUUCCCGGCACAGACGAGUGGGCGCUCGUCACCACGCUGAUAAGGCACCAGAGCUACGGGCACUGCAUGGCGGGCCACAGAGACAACCUUUACGUGAUGCGGAACGGCCCCUCGGAUGAUUUCCUGAGGUGCAUGAUGGACUGUUACAGUCUCACCUCCGGCCAGUGGACGGCCAUGCCCGGCCACUACACCAACAGCAAAGGCGCUCUGUUCACUGCGGUGGUGAGGGGUGACUCCGUGUUCACCGUAAACAGGACAAUGACGUUGGAAUACGCCAUCGAGGACAAAAAAUGGAAGCCGAAAAACCAGAUGAGGGGCUUUCCAAGAAGCGGCUCUAUGUGGACGUUUUUACUGAGACUACCAAGGGCAGGCAAACAGCCCGUGGCACACGAUGUGCUGGACACACAGAAAGCCUGA